AUGUACCUGCCAGACCGCACUAUAAGACUCCAGCUGUGGGAUACUGCUGGUCAAGAACGAUUCAGAACGCUAAUCCCAUCGUACAUCAGAGACUCCAACGUGGCAGUGGUUGUCUAUGAUAUUACAAGUAAGUUUCAGUCAAUGAUCAUAUAUAAGACAUCAAAACAAAAAAUGCUAACCAGUUUAGAUCGCCAGUCUUUCUUAGAUGCCAGUAAAUGGGUUGAUGAUGUCAAGGCAGAGCGUGGUAAUCAAGUAAUUAUAGUAUUGGUGGGAAAUAAGACCGAUCUGGGUGACAAACGGGAAGUUUCAGUUGAAGAUGGUGAGGCCAAAGCAAAGGAAAUGGGCGUUAUAUUUAUAGAGACUAGUGCAAAGGCUGGUCAUAACGUUAAAAACCUAUUCAAAAAAGUAGCGAUGGAGUUGCCAGGACUUGAAACGACCCGUCAUGAGGAGAGCGAGCUUAUCGACGUCAGCAUAGAUAACAACAACGCUAACCAACAGGGCGAAUCUAGCUGUGCUUGUUAA